GAGGACGUCAUCUCCGUCCGCAUCUUCCUGCACGAGCGGGGGCAGCCCACGUCCUCCGACCGGCCCGUGGGCCAGCUUUCCAUCCCGCUGCGGGAGAUGACGGACAUGUGCGGGCCUGGGAUAUACCAGACCUGGUUCACGUUGGAGGCGUCGAAGCCGUGGGGUAGCGAUUCGCGGAGCAGGAUGGCGGAGAGGUUCCGGCACGCCAUGCACAGCGCGUGCCAGGACCUGGCCGACUCGCGCAUCUGCGUCACGCUGCUCGAGGCCGCGGCCAGGCACGAGGAUUGGGUGAAGGAAGAGGGAAACCGCGUGGUUUAUUACGACCCGCUGUUGGUCUCCCACGCGCAGCUGCAGAAGGUGGUGAGAGGGUACUUCGAGCAGCUCGAGGGCGGGGCUGAGGCGCAGGCGCAGCAGCAACAGCAGCAGUACUCGCAGCUGCGCAGCCGCCAGCAGCAGCAGCAGGAGGAGGUGGCCGCCCUUCAGCACGAGCUUGACCAGGUUACGCUGGAGGCCAACAGGAGGAUCGAGAAGGGGAACGAGACGAUCCUGAAGCUGAAGGCCGACCUGCGGCAGCUGCGCGACGCGACGGAGCCCCAGGUGCUCCGGGAGCACGAGCAGGCCAGGCGGCGCCUGGAGGCGGCCCGGGGCCGCGCGGACGCGCUGGCCAGGGAGGUGAGAGCACCGGAAGGCGGGCCCGAGGUGAAGAAGCUGCGGGACGAGCUUCAGGUGCUGGAGAGCCAGAAGGCCGCCCUGCUGGAGAUGGUGCAGGGGGUCUACGGCCAGAAGAAGCAGGCCGUGGCCACAGGGGACCUGCUGGCGCAGGCACCCUCCGCAAGUGGCAACGGUGCAGGCUCGAGGCUGCUGCUCCCGGACCCCAGGCCGGGGGCCACUGCGGGAGCAGCCUCGCGCCGCUGGGGCCGCCCCGACUCCGGAUCCGCCGUGCUUUCGGGACGAUUUCGACGGUGGAGCAUCAAUUCAGGAGGGAUGCUGGGGAGGGAGGGCGCGAGCUUGGGCGGCCAAGGCGCAGCUCGAGGAUCGGAGGGGGAAAGUUGUAUAGGUGCACCUUCUUCUUCGCCUGCCCGCCCCCCACCCCUGGAAGGCGGAAACUUUGCUUUCCUCCUCGCUUUCAGCCGCGUGAUCCACGCUGUCGAAUUGCGCCUUGCUGCUGCCAGUUUGCUCUUCGAGCUUCUUGCUGGGCUGUUGAUUCCCGAGUUCGGCGUUGAGCACGCGAACGGGCUGCCUGCGGAGGUAAAGCAAUGUGGCGCAGCUGGGUACAUUAAUAACGUCGUCCAGCCACUGUGUUGGUCAGGCGUGUGAGAUCCUCGGUAGAAUGAAUGCGAGUGCCACAAUAUUCGAGGACGCGUUCUCGGGUUAUGCACUACUCAUUACUUUCGAUAUUCCGGUGCGUUGGCCCUGGUUCUGUCGAGGCGCAUCGGCAGCUGUUCAGCGAGGCUGGGGGUUUCAUUUACUUCGAGGCCUGUGGCGUGCAGCGCCAACUGGUUGCGACAUCUCAGUAUAAACACGUGGGUACACUGACUCGUUUCACAUACUCAAUCCACCCAGAGAUCACUGCAACAGUCGAGGCGUUGAGGUGAGUUUUCAAACAAUUGCGGCACACGGUGCUGCAGCGAAGUUUUUUUUCCGGUUGAAACACG